AUGGAGAAGCGGUUUUACUUCGGCAAGAGUCUGCCGUCGUGGUUGCAGUCGCUCCUGGGUAGGGAACUGACGAUUGUGAGUGAGCAUUCGUGGUCAGUGUUCCCGUAUACCAUGACCAGCUACUCCAACAAGAAGCUGACGUUUGAAUUUUGCUUUGAGUCGAUAACGAAUGAAGGCCUCGAACCGCAGGAGAAUGCACUGAAUCUCAACGACAAGGACCUGUCCCGCCGCAAGGUGAUUGUGUUGGAUAUCACCGAGUUUAAGAAGUGCAAGCUGUACGACUCGCAGUUUGACGUGACUGUGAAAGAAUCGCAACACACAGACGCGCUGCCAAUGAAACCCGGCUGGUGGAAGCAGCCGGGUAGCGUGGGUGUAAUUGCGCACAAGGUUCUGAAAGUGGAUAUUCCGUACUUUGGCUUCUUAUCCUCGCGCGUGGAGAACUACCUGGUGAACUACCUACAGGACAAGUUGAUGUUGUACGUAUGUACCGCCAUGUGCUCCAUCGACGAAUGGUACAACGCCGACAUCAAAUAUUUGCGGAUGAAGGAGCAGGAAUGCUACGACGUGUUAAACCAGAAUUUCCGGGAGCAGUACGGUCACAUUUUCCGAGAUAGCCAGGAGUUGCCGGCGCAAGAUACGCCAAAGGCUUCAAGCUCGUCUAGCUUUGGAGAGAAGCAGCGUGAAGCAAAAUCUCCGUCUAUGGUAGAAACUGCAGUGAAGCCCUCAGGAGGUUGA